AUUGCAAACUGGAGCUUGGAAGGAGAAAGAACCUACAACAGACUGCUUCACAGUCCACACACAACAUCUUGUCUCUCAGCUCAAGCAGACAUGGUGGAAAUGGAAAGCAUUCAGGAGCUGAUCCCGUUUGCCAAAGAAAUGCUGAGCCAGAAGCCCAGCCGAGGUCUGCUGAAGGUCUACUUGGUGGGCUCUUUGUUUGCAGUCCUGGGGACAGUGGUUGGGCUGGUUGAGACGAUGUGUCACCCCUUUCUCUCCAGUCAGCCAGUGGAUGCAGAGAUGCUCCUCAUGAUAGCCAGGGAGCACAGAACUGUUGAAUGUGAGACACAGUGCAGCCUGGGAGACCAGCGGGAGGACGAGGAGGACGAGGAGGACGAGGAGGACGAGGAGAAGUUUGCUCAUGAAAAUGGGGCCAAGGCUGAGAGCACGAGUGUUUCCAAAUGUCACAGACUGAGCCAACGAAGCCUCACCAACCGGCUGCACGCUUCUUAAAGCCACAGGGUCAAACCGAAGGGACUGGAGAUAUUUACAAGGAGGCUGCUCCUGCCACACCACUGAAGUGUGCAACCUGCACACAGUCUGAAGCUUUACAGAUGGAUGAAUGAGAAGCACAUGGGCUGCCAUUCCGUCCAACUUAUUAAUAAUUACACCUUCAUGUGCUGCUACUAAAUUUGUGUGUUUUUAUGCAUUGGGCACACAUGAAAGGAUCCAGCGACUCGGAGCAGUUGAGACAUUUUGAAAGGCUGAUCGCGAGGACAUGUAAAUCACGUUGAUAACAUCGUAUGUUGUAUAGGUGAGGUGGAACAUGAAAAAUAUUCCGGUUUGAAAAUGGAAGAAUGCAUGUCAUAGAAGGUGCAUAUUCCUCCCAUGAGUAAACGUCCUGGAACAAGUGGCGACCGAUGAUAGUUCACAGUAAUGUGGUCAGAGUUACAAGAUGUGAAAAAUCUGAAUGAGCGCACAAACCAAAUUUAAACACAAAGUUUGGUUUCUAAAAGAAAAAAGAGUCCGGAUUGCAUGAGGAUUCUUGAAGUGGUAGAGUCUGCAGUUAGUCUGGUUGCAGUGAGCUGCUGUGUAGCUCCACCUGUUGUCUGUUAUCUGAACUGCAACUCAACCUACUGGGUUGCAAAGAGUGGCAGGUUUUUUGUAAAUAUUGUGUUAUGUGCAAACACUGUAAAUAUACAGUCUUUUUUCAUACAAAGUUUGUUUUGGUUAUUAAAUCUGGCUUGUCCUGGUUUGCCUCCUUUAAGCACCACAUACAGGUAUGGCUUGAACGAAUAUAGACCACAUUUGUUUGAAUAAACCUGUUGGACACCA